GGCGAUCGCGGACGAGUCGCACCGCGCUCGUAACGUGCCAAAGUUUUCAAAACAUAACCGACGGUCGAUUGUUUCAAUUAAAAAAAACACUACAAAACGAACAAACAUAAGGCAAUAUUCACAAACAUCGUGACUAAAUUCCGCCCGAGAACGGCGUGUCAACAAUUGCUGUAGUAACGCGAUAGUAUUCUUCACAAACGCAUAAUUGGAAAAAUGUAGUUGGUGUUGUGUUUCGUUGUGAUAUUAAAGUUUACAUCUGGAUCGAGUUCGAGUAACAUAAUGCUGUACGAUGUAGAAGGCUAUAAAUUUGAUACUAUUAUUUACUGCCACAGUAGCAGUUCAAUUUCCAAACAAUCCAACAUCAGCCAUGUCAGCCGAUGAAAGACUGUUUUUAGGAGAAAAUAAAAAAGGCGAACAAUCAAACGAGAGUGGUCACGAAGUGGAAAUUGAUGCUGAAGAUAAUAAGAAGUUUUUAGAAGAUGCCAUGAAAGCAGUGUUAGAUCCUGCUACAGUAAUUGUAAAAAAUGCCGAUGUAGUUGAAAAUUUUAAAAUUCAACUAGACGAAAUAGAUAAAGAAAACUCUACUUUAGAAAUAUUUAUCGAAGAAAUGGAUAAGCUUAGCUUGGAAGUAUGCAAAGCAUCGCAGGAAUCUUUAUGGGCUUUCGUUACAGAUAUAAAUAGUGAAUAUAAGAAAAAGAAAAUGAUUCGUAUAGCAGCCGAGGAAGAUGAAAUUAAGAAACAAUAUUGGAUGAUAUUAAAGAAAAAAUAUGCGGAUGAUCAACGAAUUUCAAAUGAUUUAAAAUUAAAAAGAAAAUUUAGAAUUAUUAAAGAGCGUGGCACUAAUGUUCAAAUGCCACAAACUAAACAAAGAGAGGAAAUAGAUACAAUGCAACGCAUUUGGAGUCGAAGUACGGUAUGCGCCUUCAAUACGACUGAUUGUGACAGCGAGAAUGCUUCUCGAACAAUGAGCGAUAUCAUUUCAAUAUUCAAAACCAGUAACGAUACUAAUGAACUGGUAUAUUAUUGGAAAGCUUACCGAGACGCAACUGGAAGGAAAAUCCAGCCCAUCUUUAAAAAUUAUGUAGCGAGAAUGAAUGAUGUUGCGACGGCAGAAAAUUUCACCGAUGCAGGUGAAAUAUGGCGCUAUGCAUUUGAGGAUGAAGACUUUCUUGGAACUGUGGACAGACUUUGGGGAGAAAUUAAACCUUAUUACGAUAAUCUCCACAGUUAUGUUAGAGCUAAACUAAAGACAUACUAUAAACAAGAGCUAAAAGAUGAUAACAAGAUGAUUCCAGCUCAUAUUUUAGGUAACUUGUGGGCUCAAGAAUGGCAGGCGACUUAUUCGAAAGUAGCACCAUAUCCUGACGUUGCAAGACCGACAGUUGAUGAAAACGUUGACAUAUUAUCAAUAGAUCUUUUUAACGCGGUGGAUGAUUUUCAUCAAUCGCUUGGUUUUGAAAGUUCAAAAGAUGCAUAUCAAAAUAUAAAAGAUUCUUUACCAACAGUCAAUUGCUUACCAUCCAGCCAUGAUAUGUGUGACGGUGUUAACUAUAAGAUAAAAUGGUGUGGUGAAAGGGUAUAUGAUAUAACCGUAGGGCUGUCAAGAGCAGCCAGAUUACUGGGACAUAUUCAAUAUUUUAAGCACUAUCGGAAUCUCCAACCACUCUAUAGAGACGGACCAAACCCUGCCUUCCACGAUGCAAUCUCUGACAUCGUAGCAGUGCAGCUAACCUCGCCGAAGUAUUUGCAAACCUUGAGCUUCGUGAAGGUGACGACCGGUGUCGAAUCAACGAUCAACCAUUUGUUUUGGCUUGCUCUCGAGAAGUUCCCUUUGAUGGCAUACGCGUAUGUUCUAGAUAAAUGGCGAUGGGAUAUCUUUGCAAAUAGUAGCAUGGAUAAUUGGAAUGAACAUUGGUGGGAUCUCAGGAUAAAAGAGACAGGUAUAUCGCCACCUGUUCCUCGCAAUGAAAGUGACUUGGAUCCUGCUUCUAAGUAUCACGUGGUAUCUCACGUACAGUAUAUCACAUACUUUAUUUCACAUAUUCUGGAAUUUCAAGUACUGUUAUCACUAUGCAAGAAAGCAAAUCACACGGGACCUCUGCACGAGUGCUCCAUAUACGGCGACAAGGAAACGGGAAAACUGUUGAGUAAUGGCAUGUCUCUCGGUGCAAGCGAAGACUGGCAAACGGUAUUAUACAACAUGACAGGGGAAAGUGAACUGUCUACAAAAGGUAUUAUAGAGUAUUUUUCAGGACUUAAUGAUUUUCUCAAGGAAGAAACCGCUAAAUUAGUAAGGGAUAACGAAGAUAUGGACACAAGUGCUCCAAUUGUUGUUGGAAUUAUUGUUGUUAUAUUAACCUUAUUGAUGUUCAUAUUAUAUUGCGUAAAGAAGAAAGACGCAUCCAGUAGAUUAUUUUCUCUAUGUGGAUUAAGUAAAAAUGGUUCAUUAGACAUAGCCACGAGUGAACUCUCGCAGUGUAAGACCAAUGAGAGCGCGGUCGGAGUGAGCGAAGCUAAACUGUGAAUUGACAGACUUUUAUUGAUAAAUAUUUUUAGUGUAAAUUAAAUCAUUUAUGUAAAUGUUUAAUUUUAAUCUAUUUCGAUUACCAUUCCCACCUAUAAAAUCGUUGCGAAAAUUGAAAAUACAUGUUGAAAUUCUUAAACAACAUACAAUAAAAUUUUAUUAUUAUA